AGGACUUCCGCUUCCGGUGAGCCGCAGGGAUGUCGGUGGAGCGGAGCUGAGGGGCGGCGGGAGCGGGGCCGGGGGCCGGGACCCCUCCCUGGGCGUUGUCCACCUUCCUCCCCACCUUCCUCCCCUCUGCUCCGCCGCCGCCGUGCUGGGAAACGGGGGUUUCGGGGGCUGUGCGUGCCUGGAGAACCGGGCCGGGCCUUGCUCUUGAUUCGGCCGAGUGUGGAGGCCGGCUGGGCCGUUCCUGCCCCCCUGGUAACUUCAGGUGUGGCUGAACACCGAGAACUUUGUGACCCUUGGCCCCAUUCGGUGAGAAGGCUGCGAUGUCCCUGCCCGAAUGGCACAUCGCCGUGAAGCUGGCAGAUCAGCCGCUGGCCCCCAAAUCCAUCCUGCGUUUGCCGCAGACGGAGCUGGGCGAGUGCCCGCUGGGUGGGUGCAGCAUCUCCUACCUCAAGCAGCUCAUCACUGGGAAACUGCAGGAGUCCGUCCCGGACCCCGAACUCAUCGACCUGAUCUACUGCGGCCGUAAGCUGAGGGACGACCAGACGCUGGAUUUUUAUGGCAUCCAGUCUGGCUCCACUGUUCAUGUCCUGCGCAAGUCCUGGCCUGAACCUGAUCAGAAGCCAGAGCCCGUGGAUAAGGUGGCAGCAGUACGGGAGUUCCGAGUCCUUCACACCGCCCUGCACAGCAGUCCUGCCUACAGAGACGCAGUCUUCAAAAUGCUGGGGAACAAGGAGUCGCUGGAUCAGAUCAUUGUAGCUACUCCUGGCCUCAGCAGCGACCCUGUGGCUUUGGGAGUCCUGCAGGACAAGGAUCUCUUCUCAGUGUUUGCAGACCCCAACAUGCUGGACACGCUAAUCCCAGCCCACCCCGCGCUUGUCAACGCCAUUGUCCUGGUUCUGCACUCGGUGGCUGGCAGCACCCCACUCCCCGCCCCGGAGACGUCCUCCCGGGGCAUGUCCUCUGGCUCCUACCGCGACAUGCCGGGUGGCUUUCUGUUUGAAGGUCUCUCUGAUGAUGAAGAUGACUUCCACCAGAGCACAAGAUCUACGCCGUCCAGCAGCACUCCUGGUUCCCGCCCGGCUUCUCUUGGCUAUGCUGGGGCUGCUGGACCCCGACCGAUCACCCAGAGUGAGCUGGCAACGGCACUGGCGCUGGCGAGCACCCCAGAGAGCAGCUCCCACACACCCACCCCUGGCACCCAGGGCCACUCUUCUGGGACCUCCCCAAUGUCAUCCAGUGUCCAGUCAGGGACACCCAUCACCAAUGACCUCUUCAGCCAGGCCUUACAACAUGCCCUGCAGGCCUCAGGGCAGCCCAGCCUGCAGAGCCAGUGGCAACCACAGCUUCAGCAGCUGCGAGACAUGGGCAUCCACGAUGAUGAACUAAGUCUCCGGGCCCUGCAAGCCACCGGAGGGGACAUUCAGGCAGCCCUGGAGCUCAUCUUUGCUGGUGGGGCUCCCUAGCUUUUUGGGCUGGACUGACAACUGUGAAUUGCCUGGAUGUUUUCUAUGGAAAGAACUCUUUUUCCUGAUUUCUUUCCCAAAUUGCAUUGCUUGGCUUGGAGCACCACAUCAGACACAUUCUCUGCCUGAACUGGCUACAGCAGAGGAGAACUUGGCACCGAUGCUGUUCACGAUGCGCCUGAUGCGUUCGCUUCGCUUCCCCCGUCUCGCCUGCCUAGAAUAGACGUGCUCAGCAACCAGGCAAAUUUAGAGAUGCAGGGAUGGGAAGAGAGAUGGAGGAGGAAGGGAAACUUUCCUGCAGGAGCUCAAAGGGACUUAAAACUGGCUCUGCAGCUGCUUCUUGCUCGAAGGAGCAAGUUGCGAUGCCUGUUCCCUGUGGUCCAUCCUUGGUGCCCCUGCCCUGACACCUUCCCCUCCUCCUCACUAUGUCCAAGUUCAUGUUAGAGGCGCAUCUGUACGUGUUGGGUCUCAAAUUAUCUGUGUCCUGUAUCCUUUGCGUGCUGGGAGGUGCUGGGCUGGCCCGUUGGCAGAGGUGGAGGUCAGGCCGCGGUUCCCUAACGUAAGCGCUUUCAGGAGGGGCUUUCUGGCUCUGACAUCAAAGAGAAACUUCUUUGGUUCAGUUCCCUCUUUGCCAGGAGCAGAGCUGACAAGGGAAGCGCUGACAGCGGGUGUUUCCAGGGCUGGUAGUAGCAGCUGUUUGUCCUCCUGUGUUUUCAGUAAAUCUUAUUAUUUGUGCUGGUGCUUGACCAUCAAUGCUGGUGGCACCUGCAGAGGCUGGCACUUUGGCUGGGAUCCAUGCUUCUCACUCUAUGUGCUCUUCUUCUCUAUUUCGAGCACUUUGUUUGCUUUAUCACCGUUUCUGCCAUGUCUCUUUUUGCUGACGACAGUCCUGAGCUCACUGUCUCCAUGAGGAGCAAAGUGCUGUUGUGGGGUGCUGACUUGCCAGCAAAAGGGUCAAAUGGAGGCAGAGCAGAAUCCCCCAGGCUUCAUGUCCCAAUGGCUUUUGCGGUACCUCACCCUGCGUAACCGCCCGUCUCGUGUCUUCCUCUGCUUCCACAAUGACGGUUGAGCCUUCCCCUGUGUGAAGCGAAUGCAACCAGCAAGAUCUAUCCCUGGAAAAAACACGUUGGUGUUUGAGGUAUUAACUGUUUACGUGCAAACUCAGUCUCCCUGUUGUGGUUUGUUGGAUCAGAUGCUGAACAGCCAAACUUUCAAGCUCUUCAGUCUUGAUUUCUGGAUACAAAUGAUUACUGUUGGAGAGGUUUUCCCCCCUCAGCCUCUCACACGUUUCAGAAUAAAUGUUUCUUCCUUGCUCCCCCAGCCAAA